UCCCGACGAGUCCUCCGGAAGAUUUUUUUUUCCAAAACUAUUUGGGUAGUUAGCCGCGGACAGAGAGGAAAACUAGCAGCUACGUGGGACUCGGUGCUCCCCGCGGCCCGGACUGACUGCGCGGUUUAACGGCGGGAUUAGCUCCGUCUGGAGCGGAUUAAAGCAACGGCUCGGUGUCGGUCGCAGCGGCUGGAGUGUGUGGGGUCAAGCUGGCAGUAUGGAGUCGCAGCUGCUGGUUGGCUGUCAGCAGGACCUGGCAGAGCUUAAACAGGAAGUUUGCAGGCUCCAGGAGCAGCUGGCAGAGAGCCGGGCGGAGAAGGAGGAGCUGGAGUCCAGGUGCAGAAUCCUGAGGGAGCGGCUCUCUCAGUUGAUGUCUCCGUCACUCGGCCGCUCCCUGCAGGAGGAGGACGAGGUGCAGAGGCAGUGGAAGAGGAGGAUGAGGGAGGGCAGAGAGAGGGAGGCGCGCCAGGCCCUGCUCAUCCACCGCCUGCAGAACAAGGUGUCGGAGUACAGAGAGAGAUGUCAACGUUUGGAGCUACAGAAUGAACAAACACAGCAGACGAUCAGAGAUGAGCACUGUGACUCGCUGGAGAGCGCCCUCAUCAGGCUUGAGGAGGAACAGCAAAGGUCCGUCAGUCUGCUGGGCACCAACACCGUCCUCCGGGAGCAACUCGUCCAAACAGAAGAGGCCAACCAGGCCCUGAGAGAGGAUGUGCAGAAGCUGACGGCCGAUUGGACGAGGGCUGUGAUGGAGGCGGAGCAGAGAGACGCCGAUUGGCUCCAGGAGAAGGAGAGUGGACGAGCCCAGGCUGUCCAGCAGCAGGCCGGCCUGAUGUCAGUCUGGAGGUCUGUGUCCGCUCUGAGGACCCACUGUCUCAAUGUGAGGACGGCUGCAGACAGAGAUUUGUGGCAGCUCCGGGCCGAGUUCUCCCGCCUCUCCUCCUCCAUCCUCUCCAGCUGGGACUCCAUCUCCUCCUCCGUCAGACUCUCCUCCUCACCAGAUCCUCCUCUGUCCUCCACCCUGGCUCUGCCUCCUCCACACCUCUCCUCCUCCACCUUGGGAACCUUCUGCUUAGGAGAGCUGCAGCACCAAGAGGAGGAGGAGGAGGAGGAGAGUCGGAUAUCUGAGCUGAAGCGCCUCCAUCAGGUUGAAGUGUCUGAUCUGCAGAGGAGGAUUGAGGAGCUAUCAGCGUCCCUGCAGGAGCACAGCAGCCAGAGGCUCCUCUCCAUGGAGGAGGAGGAGGAGGAGAGGAGUCUUCAGUGUGUGGCCCAGGCCGUCCUCCGGCUGUCCAGAGUGCUGGGCAGCAGCGUGUCCUCCGACAGCAUCGUCGGUCUGGAUCUCUCCUCGCUGCUGUCUGUCCUGUCCCAGGCUGAGAGCUCCCUCCAGAGGACAAAGGAGGAACUGCAGGGGGCGAAGCUUUAUGCUCAGCAGCUCAGUGAAGAGAAAUCGUCUCUUCAGAUCCAAGUGAAACAUCUGGAGAACGACCAGCAGCAGCUGCACACACACAACAAACACACACAGGAAGAACUCACACACACUGUGAGCCUGCUGAGCAGAGAGAAGGAGGUGUCGUCCUCCCUGCGUCUCCAGGUGGAGGAGGUCCAGAGGAGAGAGGAGGAGGUGCAGAGAGACAACCAGAGUCUGAGGAGAGAGAAGGAGCGGCAGGAGGAGAGGAGACUGGAGGAUUCUCUCAGAAGGGUGGACGUGUCGGACAGCGACGAGCUGCCAGAGAGAGAAACUCAUCUGAGAACAGAAAUCUACAGUCUGAAGGACAUGCUGCAGAGGGAGCAGCUGGAGAGACAGCGAGUGGAGGAAGAGUCCGCUGAUCUCAGAGAAGCUUUAAAGAAGUGCAGGGACAGCGUCCUGCGUCUCUCGUCCUCAGAGGACGUGCUGAGGAGGGAGGUGGAGCGUUCGGGGGAGGCAGUGGACAGACUGUGGGACUUGAAUGCUGCUCUGGCCUCAGACCGGACGGACUUAAACCACCAACUGCUGCAGCUGGAGGGCAGGUGCUGCGACAGCCAAUCACAGCUGCAGCCUUUGAGGUCAGAGGUCACGGCUCUGCAAAGGGACGUCCAGACACUCCAGGCAGACUGCAGUCAGCUCAGGGACCAGAAGGAGGCGCAGUCUGCGGUCAUCCUGCAGUUGAGGGAGCGUCAGUGGGAGCUGGAGAGGCAGAUGGAGGCAGAGCAGAGGGAGCUGGCCUCCUUACAGGAGGGGAGAGGAGGGGAUGCACGGCAGAUGGAGGAGCUGACCUCCCAGCAUGCCUUGGUGUGUGGGGAGCUGAAGGAGGCGCGGGAGCAGCUGCAGCAGGUGACAGAUGAGGUGCAGAGGAAGUCCAGAGAGGAGGAGCAGCAGCAGGAGGAGAACAGGAGGCAGCAGGAGGCGCUGGACGGUCUGCAGAGGAAGAGGGCGGAGCUGGAGGUGGAGCUACAGGAGCUCAGGGGGGUGUCGUCCUCCCUCCACCUGCAGCUCUGUCAGCAGCGGCAGCAGCUCGUCCAGUCCGAGGUGGAGAAAUGUCAGCUGACGGCUCACAUGGAGGCGCUGCAGCGAAUCAAAUCCACCCUGAAUGGGGAGAUCGAGUGUCUGCGAGGAGAGCUGCAGCGGGAAACGUCCCGCAGAGAGGAGGAGCAGCAGAGCAGAGAGAGGAGCGACGAGCAGAGGGAGGCGCUCCAGGAGGAGGUGGAGAGGCUGAAGAGCAGCCGGAGGCAGGAGCAGGAGGAGCAGCGGGAGGAGAAGGACAGCUGGGACCGAGAAAGAGGAGACCUUUACCAGCAGCUGGGCACAAGAGACGGAGAGGUGGAGGCGCAGAGGAGGUGCAUCGACGGACUGACGGAGGAGACGCAGCAGCAGCAGAGGGAGGUGGACAGACUGAGGGAGGCGGUGGCGGAGAAACAGCUGCUGAUGCAGCAGGCGGAGGAGGAGCUGGCGAGGAGGAGGGAGGAGCAGACUCUGAGAGACGGGGAGAUGGAGGCGCUCUGCGACCGCAUGGACACGCUGGAGAGAGAGAAGGAGCAGUGGAGGAGGAGAGUGGAGGAGGUGCAGCAGGAGAGCAAGAGGCUGAAGGAGGAGAAGGAGGAGGCUCUGGAGAAACUGACGGAGAGACGGGGAGAAGUGGAGCUGCAGAGGGUUCGACUGAACAUCGCCACGGAGGAGUGCAAGGAGGCGAAAGAGGAGGUGCUGCGGAGGGAGCGCAGCCUGGAGAGACAGAUGAGUGCCGUGAGGGAGCGGGAGGAGGAGGUGGAGUGGCUGAAGGAGCGCCUGAGGGCGGCGGAGGAGCAGCAGGAGGAGAGAGAGCGAGAGCUCCAGGAGGUGAAUCACAGGGCGGCGCAGAAGGAGGCGAGGGCGGAGCGGCUGGACGCGCUGCUGGAAGAAACCCGAGCACUGCUGGAGGAGGAGCGGCGGGAGUCCCGGGACAAAGACGGCAGGAUCUCCUCCCUGGGCAGAGAGGCGGAGGAGGCCCGGGCCCAGAGCGACGGGGUCCGGAGGAGAGCCAGGGACCAGGAGGAGGCCUGGAGGGAGCGGCAGGAGGAGGCGAAGGAGUGGAGGGAGAAGGCAGACCGGAGCAAGGCGGAGGCAACAAAAGUCAAGCAGCUCCUCUCGGAGCGAGACAAGGAGGUGCAGCAGCUGACAGACAGGCUAGAAGAGAUGGAGGAGGAGGAGGGGCUGAGGAGAAAGGAGGAGGAGAGGAGAAGGAGGCUGGAUGAUAAAGUGAGGGAGGAAGAGAGGGAGGAGCUGAGCAGAGCCAAGGAGCAGAGGAGGAGGCUGGAGGACAGGUGCAAUGAAAUGGAGAAGGAGGUGAAGGAGCAUGAAGAGAAAAGGAGGAGGGCAGAGGAGGAGAUGAGGAGGCUGGAGAGGGAGCGGCGAGAGAGGACGGAGGAGGCUGAGAGGAGUCGGCACAUCUGGACCGAGAAGAGAAGGGAACUGUCAGAGGAGCUGACGAGGACAGAGGAGGAGGCGACGGCUCUCAGAGAGGAGGUCCUGAGGGAGCAAAGGGACAAGGGAGAGGUCCUGAGGAGGUGCGAGGAGGAGGUGACGGCUCUCAGAGAGGAGGUCAGCAGAAUGCAACGACAGCAAGAGGCGCAAGGGGAGCUGCAGCAGGAGGAGUCCAGGAGGAUGGAGGAGGAGUUGAAGAGGAGCAGUGAGGCGCAGGAGGAGCUGAGGCAGAGCAAGAGGGAGGUGCUCACACUCAAAGAGCAGCUGAAGCAUGUGCAAAGCGAGGAAGAGGAGGUGCAGGAGGAGCUCAGCAAGAGGAGUGAAAAAAUAACGUCCCUCAUCGAGGAGAUACAAAGGGACCAGAGGCAGAAGGAGCAGGUCAAAGAGGAGUUACUCCAGUCUGAGGAGCAGCUGAGAGCUCUGAGAAGGGAGGUGCAGGAGGAGCAAUGCAGGAGUCAAGAGAAGCUUUCUGUUCUCAAAGAGGAAAUGGAAAAGGAGAAAAAGGAGGAGCAGGAGGAGUUAAUGACCAAAAUGGAAGACAUGACCAAAGAGUUAAGGAGGAGCCAGAUGGAGGUGUCGGCUCUCAAACAGGAGGUGCAGAAGGAGCACAGGGAGAAGGAGCAGACGGAGGAGAGACUCCUCACGACCGAGGCCGAUUUGGAAGCUCUGAAAGAGAAGCUGGAGAAGGAGCAGACAGAGAAGGAGGAGGCGCUGCAGGAGCAGAGGAAGAACCGUCAACAUGCAGAGCUUCUGAGAGAGGAGGAGCAGAGGAGACGGGAGGAGGAGCUGAGGACGAGCAGACGACACGCAGAGCUUCUUGGAGAGGAGGUGCAGCUGGAGCGGAGGAGACGGGAGGAGGUGCAGGAGGAGCUGAGAGGAGUGCAGCUGACUGUGGAGGUGAUGGAGGCGAACCUGAAGUCCCUGAAGAGCCAGGUGUGCGAGCGCAGCGAGUCCAGGGAGCGCGUGAAGCAGCAGCUGCAGGAGAAGGAAGUGGAGGCGCAGCAGAUGAAGGAGCGGCUGCGGGAGGCGCAGGGCGAGCUGACCACCCUGAGCGCUCGCCUGCAGGAGCUGAGGAGCGCCCUGAAGGAGGAGGAGCUGAGGAGCGCCGAGAAGGAGGAGGAGGUGGAGCAGCUCCGAGCCAGAGCCAAAGCCCUGGAGAGGAGGAGGAGCGAGAUGGUGGAGGAGUUACAGGCAGCACGGCGGGAGAAGGAGGAGGCUGAGGAGCGGUGGAGGCGCAGAGUGAAGGAGGUGGAGAAGGAGCCGGACCAGAAGGCUGUGCAGCACAGGCUGGUGGUUCUGCAGCGUCUGGUCGCUCAGCUGGAGCUGAAGCAGAAACGACUGAAGGAGAAGAUCCAACAGCUGAAAGGAGAGAGAGACGCACUGAGACAGUCCUCUACAGAGGCCACGGACGAGAAGGAUCUCAGGAGCAGACUGAUGGAGGCGGAGGACCAGAUCAGUCAGCUCCUCCUGCUUUUGGCUGCAGACCACCAGCAGAGGGCGGAGUUUAUCCACCAGUUCUCCAGUAACAGCCAAUGGCUGCUCUCCAUGAGGCAGCAGCUGGGCCAAUCGCUGUCCGCCGUCACACGCCAUCCGGUCCCGUCCAUCCUGGAGAGUGAGACGCAGCGAUUGGACCGCAGCCUGAGGGAGGAGGAGCUUCAGAUGUCCCUCAGUCAAUUGUGAGAGUCACCUUUCACUCUGUCACUUCUGGUUCCUGGUCCACACUCCGGUCCACACUCUGGUCCACAUUCUGGUCCGGACUCCUUGUUUGCUCUGGAUUAUACCUUUGUUGUAUCUGUAGCGAUCCAAAUUCGCCAGCCUGUGCUGGUCUUGAACCUCUUGAACUCUUAAUUUAUUUUUGUUAAAAGCUUUCAGAAUAUUUAAAGUCCAGUUUACCAAGUUUUACCAAGGACUCAGUGGAACGCCGUCCACCUUUUAGGUCAUUGGUUGUGAUGAACUCAAACCAAAAUAUUCAGUGUUACAUUUCUCACUGUGAGUCUGUCUUCUCUGAUGUUUUCUCAGUUCAUGAUCAUUAAAGUCUGUUUCAGACGCC